GUAGACGGCAGCUGGCAGCUGGCAACCGGACGGCACAUGGCCAUUAUCACGUCGUUUCUCCGCUGCUUCACAUGAAUGCAAACCGUCCCACCAAAGCAGCGAUACCACCAACACCUGCAUUUUUCAAUGCUGACUGUAGCCUUCAUUAAAAAUGGCGUCAAAUUUCCGUUUGUCGGGGCCUUUAAGCAUGAUACUUCUACAAAUACAUUCUAAAGGCACGCACCAUCAUUAGCAGCCGCCAUGAUAACAAGGUUAUACUUGGGAUGUCUGUCUGCUCACAAUGCUACUCAAUCAUCCCAAUGUAAACUGAUGGAAUAUACGCCGAGAUCUACAAUCCUGAUUUGUGGUGAUACAACGCGCGGGGUGUUCGUUAGGCCCAACAGGGUAUGUGGACUUGGAUGUAACCUUCUACAUUGUGUUUAGCAUCAUGCACCAUCUGUUGAAGCUCGCUAUCUCUCCGUAGGCUUCCCUGACUGGGAGCGCCGAGGUGAUAUGGUAAGGAACCUUUUACUAUAAGAGUAGGCCGAGCCUGCGUCCAGUAUGCUCUGGGCCGUCUUUCCCACUCUUCAAAACAUUCCCCUUCUUCACUCUUAUACCCAUCUGAUACCGUAUCACCUUAUGAUGCAGAUUGCUGCCAUCUUUCUCAGCGCCUUCGUGGCUGCUGCUCUGGCCAUACCUGCAGACCACAUCGUCCACGAGAAGCGCGAGGUCGUUCAGUUUCCCAGGCGCAGCACUCUGGACUCUGAUGAGGUCAUCCCUGUGCGAAUUGCGCUGAAGCAAACCAACCUUGACAAGGGCAUGGACCUGCUGAUGGACGUCUCUGAUCCUGCUUCUUCCAACUAUGGUAACCACUACACCCAGGAGCAAGUCCAGGCUUUGUUUGCACCUGCGGAGGAGUCCGCCGAUACCGUCAAGAGAUGGCUUAUCAAGGCUGGCAUCCCUGCCGAGUCUAUCUCUUCCCCCAAAUCCCAGGGUUGGAUUGACUUCGAAACCACUGUUGUCAAGCUUGAAAACGUCUUGCAUACCAAGUACAAUGUCUUCCAUACCAGAUCUGGUAGUGAACAGUUGGGCACAGAGCAAUACCAUCUGCCAACCGACGUUGCUGACCACGUUGACUUUGUCUACCCUGGUGUUGCCAUGGCUCCGAUGAAGUAUACAAAGGAAGAAAGACCCUCGAUGAUUGCUUGGUCUGCACCUAUUCCCGAGCACAUUACCAAUACUGAGGCCGAGGACUGUAGCAGCCUCAUUACCCCAGCUUGUAUUAAGCAGAUGUAUGGUAUCCCUGAUGCUACAUCUAAGCUGGCAGGCAACGAGCUUGGCGUAUACGAGUUGAACGAUGAACUCCACACGCAAUCCGAUUUGGAUAAGUUCUACAGCCUAUACGCCAAGAACAUACCUGCGGGAUUUGGGCCCAAGAUCAACUACAUCGAUUUCAAUGGCCAGCAGCCUGACUCUAACUAUGCCCAAGGAGAGGCUGCCCUCGACUUUGAUAUGGCCAUCCCCAUUCUUUAUCCUCAGGGUACUGUUUUGUACCAAACUCACUCCAACUAUGGCGUAAAUGGUUCCAGAGGCCUUUUCAACGAAUUCCUUGAUGCUGUUGACGGCAGUUACUGCACCAAGGACGGCGGUGAUGACCCCAAGGUUGAUGGCAAGACACCAAACGAGUCGUGUGGCACAUUCAAGCCUGCCAAUGUUAUUACAUUUUCCUAUGGUCUGUAUGAAAGUAUAUGGCCUGCAAGCUACCUCAAACGCCAAUGUGAUGAAUUCAUGAAACUUGGUCUUCAGGGUACCAGCGUUGUUUUUGCCUCUGGCGAUGGAGGUGUUGCUGGAAACCAUGGAGGUGCCUGCCAGGGCUCCAACAAGGACAUCUUCAAUCCUGCUACACCUGGUUCUUGCCCUUACGUUACCUCGGUCGGCUCCACCUAUCUCCCCAAAGGUAGCAAACCAGGUGAUGCUGAGGCGGCUACGUCAAGCUUCGCCAGCGGUGGUGGCUUCUCUACCAUCUGGAAAGCUCCUGAUUAUCAGGCUUCAGCUGUCAAUGCCUUUUUUGCAAACCAUGAUCCCGGUUACCAGAGCUUCAACACUACGGAUGGCAAAAUCCCCACAAAUGGCGGUAUCUACAACCGUAUUGGCCGUGGUUUCCCUGACGUUGCCGCUGUUGGUGACUAUGGUGCCUACGUCUUCGACGGCGAGGCCUCCUACAAUGGUGGUACAUCCAUGUCUUGCCCCAUUUUUGCCGCCAUCCUUACACGACUGAAUGAAGAGCGUCUCAACGCGGGCAAGAAGUCCAUCGGCUUCGCUAACCCUGCUAUGUACAAGAAUCCCAACAUGUUCAAUGAUAUUACCAUCGGUGAUCAAUCUGGUAGCGGUACAUGCCGUGGCAAGGCUUUCAAGACUUCGACUGGUUGGGACCCCGUAACUGGCCUUGGAACUCCCAAAUACGCUGAGAUGUCCAAGUACUUCAACUCACUAUAAAUAUUUAAAUAAUUAACCACUGAUCGAGCCAACCAUGGCAGCCUCAGUAACGGUAUAUAUGAAGGUGGAGUUUUCUGCGCAUCCCAUUUCAAUAUAAUCAACUUAAGAAGAUCAACACAAUAUCUUUUACAAAAGAGAAUACAAAAUAUGAAUCUACCAUUUGCAUGUU